CUGGCAGUGUGCGUGCACCUCGGGCCCCCGCCCCCGUCCUGCGUUUUCUUCCUCGCGCUGAGACGGGUCGGGGUGCUGGAGGUCGGGGCAAGUUUGGGAGGGAAGGCGAAGAGGCCGAAAGCAGCCAGCCGAUACUGGCCUUGUAUUACUUACCCAUACCAUUUGGUGAUAUUUUUAAUGGACCAUGGACCAGACAAGUGAAUCAACAUCCCAAGAGGAAUCCAAACCUGCUCAGGAAAAUGGAAAAGAAGCCAAAGAAAAACAGGACUCAACUGAAGUGGAAGAGCCUAUUGAGAGUUCACAGACUGUGCCAGAUGUCUCUACAACAGAGACCAGCAACCAUGUGGUGGAAAAUGCAAAAAAUGAAAUAAAAUCCCAAGAAUUAAAUUUAGAGGAACAGCUGAAAACUUCAAAAGGUUUGACAAUGAACUUGAACACUGAAGUCCCAGGGAAUAUGAUAAUUAGAAAACCUGCAAGAGUAACUUUUAAUUUAGAUGAAAUUAAACUGAAACCAAAGCUAGAACAACCAUGGAAGAAAAAUCUUUUUUUAAGAAUGGAGGCAAGAGCCCAGGCAAUGCAGCAGAAAAUAAUAGAUAAGGAUAAUCUGAAGAAAGAAUUAGACAAAAAGUCUGAAAAAAAACUGCCUAGAGAUAAUUUGGCUAAAGAGUGGUUUAAUACUGAAAACACAGCACUGAGUACUCGUGCAUAUUUGCUUGACAAACUUCUACCCACCUUAGUUCCUGGAAUGGAAAAAAUGUUGACAAAACGAGAAAAGAAGCUUUUGACCAAAGCUGAUAGUCCAACCAAGUUUGAUCCAGUUAAUCAUUUGGGAGAAUGUUUAAUGAGAAAUAAUCCUAAUUAUAUCAAAGACCCAGGAAUGUCUGAAUACCAGAGGGUGAUGAGAGAUGUCACAGAAGAACUGAAGAUAUAUGUUCCUGACACUAUUUGCAACAGAAUCAGCUCAGAUACUUCUUCCUCUGGGGUACCUUCUGUCACGUCUGGUCUGAAUAAGAUUCAAAAUAUCCUUCAUGAAUUUUUUCAAAAGCCAGAUUUUGAGCUUGAAUCACGUUGCAAACAAUUGGAUAUUACUGACUCAAUGGGACCAAGAUUGAACAAAUCAGGCUUUAUAGAAUACAUCUCUUCAUGGGUUGCAGACCUUAAAAGUGAAAUUUUUGAGGAACUCCUUAAGCACCUUUGCCACUAUGCCGAUGAAUUCUGGGAGAUCAUAAAAACUGACAUGCAGAGACAGAUUUUUGUAGAACUUUUCCUACAUUGUGACCAUGGGAAGGUAGGGAUUUUGGAUCGGCAGAGGACAUUGGCCUUGCUGGAACAGUUCUAUGACCAAAGUUCACAAAUGCUUAGGAGUUUACUCCGAAACCCAAGGCAAUGGCCAUUCAUUGAGUUUGAAGAGAUAGACUUGACCGAGUUCUGGGGAAACAUGGAUAAUCAGAAAAACAUUUAUGAAGACUUUGAUAAAGUGCUAUUAAAGAUGAAUGAAUUACUUUCUGAAAAACAUGAUAAUAAAACUGAAAGUAAUUUAUUAGAAAAUCAAAAAGAUCAACCAAAAUAUGAUGAACAGAGAACAUCAAUAGCACCACCACAUCCACCAAAACAGCAGAGGGAAAAACCUGCAGAUCUAGGAUCACAAAGAAUUUCAAAUGAAGAACAAGUCAGAGAGCCAAGUAGAGAGCAAAAAUUGUAUAUAGAAGCAGUGAUAGAAGAGGGAGCCAUCACAGAGUCAAAUCAAGAACAAGGAUCAAGUAGAGAAUUAAUAGUAGAACAAAGACCACAGAGAGGGUCAACUGCAGAGCAAGGAUCACACAAAGCAUCAACUGCAGAACAAAUAUCACACAGAGGGUCAACUGCAGAGCAAGUGUCACACAGAGAGUCAGUGAUGGAGCAAGGACCACAUAAAGUGUCAACUGCAGAGCAAAGAUCACGCAGAGAGUCAAGGACAGAACAAAGAUCACACAGAGGGUCAACCGCAGAGCAAGGGUCACAGAGAAAGUCAACAGUAGAACAAAGAUCACACAGAGGGUCAAUUGCAGAGCAAGGAUCACAUAAAGAGUCAACGAUAGAACAUAGAUCACACAGAGGGUCAACCACAGAGCAAGGGUCACGCAGAGAGUCAAUGAUAGAACAAAGAUCACACAGAGGGUCAACUGCAGAGCAAGAGUCACACAGAGAGUCAGUGAUGGAGCAAGGACCACACAGAAGGUCAACUGCAGAGCAAAGGUCAUGCAGAGAGUCAAUGAUAGAACCGCACAGAGUCAGAGCAAAGACUACACAGAGAGAUAACUUCAGAACAACAGGACAGAGACUCAACUUCAUAAUCAGAAAAAGGUACUUUAAAAUCCCUUCACGAAAAGAGAGUUUGUGGGGGCAAACUGAGGAGGAGCUAUUCAUGGGUUCUGAGCUGCAAGAGGAAGUUCCCACAUCAAGUAGAAAAGAUCAUCUUUCAGAUAAAAUGGCAAGAAAAGAUGUUCAGAAAGACAAAUCCUGUGAACCCAAGUCCCCCCAGAGAGAAGGAAAGUCAUGGUCAGGUGAAUUUUUGUCUUGUAACUAGAGGAUGAAGUAUGUCAAAUUUGGAGAUGAGGAGCAAGCAAACUUAAUCUAUGGUAACUUCAGGUUCACAGAAUUACACUCAAUUAUCAGAAAUAUUCAGUCUUAUAAAGAAGUAAAAGGUAGGAGUGCCUUCAAUGGAAUUUCCUUCGAUCUGCUCCAGUUUGUGCAACUCCUAGAGACAUUUGUUGGUGAAGGCCCCUUAAGUGCCAGUGAGACCCUCACCUCUUUUUUUAAGAGAGGCUAUGUUGAAACAAAAGAAGAGAAAAAUGAAUGCCUUAGAACAGGUGGACAAAAUGCUUUCCAAAUACGACAGGAACUUCUCUUAAAAGCCCUCUUACAGAAGUGGGACAGUGAUGGCUCAGGCUUCCUGGAUCUGGAGGAAGUUGAUAAACUCUUAUACACAUACAAGCAUGGCAUGGAAAAAGAAUCUAUGAAGAAAGAUUUCCUUUUUAAGUGUAUAGACAGUUCAGAAGUUGUUUUGGCCUCUGUUUGUGGGGAAACCCACAUAGUAAUUCCGCUUCGUGAGAGAACAGGAGAGGCUCUGGGACUCCUCGAUGUUAACAUUGGCCACACCAGAAUGUUGUUACACUAAGAAUAUAAAGAUCUGCAGAAAAUGAUGAAGAUGAUCCAUGCAGCCUGAUUCGAAAUACUAGGUGAAUUCUCUGGAGAGAUGAAGAAAAACAUUAUCUUAGAGAUUGAAAAAGCAGGAGAAGUCCAGAGGGCAGAAAUUCUCUUUUUCUGAAUCAUGCUGCAGGAGCUGCGGGAAUGUCUCCAACUACUCAGUUCCGUGGGCUUUGUGUCACUGCUACUCUAUGAACAUAAACCUCAAGCAGAACCAAAGUCUCCUCAAGACAGCAAGUCCCAGGAGUUCGAAGCCAAUGUAAACCUGGUACAUGACAUCCUGAAUGGAGUUAUCCUAUUCUUUCAUCCAGAGUUGGAAUUUUCGGAUGACUUAGAAAAUUGGGAUAAGUGUAAAUUUUAUAUUAACAAAUACUUAGUGGAGCGUAUUUGUGCCUUUGACCCAACUGCUAGCCAUGUGAAAGUUAAUUUACAGCUCAUUGAUAAAAACAUCAGAGCUCAUUCCCUAAUCGAAGUAUGGAAAUUUGGUAAUAUUGUCAUUGAACUCCUAUACCACUGGUUGCACAUCUGUUCAGCUCUCAUGAAGCUAACCAAAAAACUAAACAGUGCUAUUAUACCUCCAUUGCCCUCCAAGUCUGACAACUGUAUAUAUGCAAAAAUGCCAGAAGAAACUUUGCCAGGGAAAUCCUAGAAGAAUUGGUACUCUAUUUAGGAUACAGAACUUCAAUCAUAUUCAAAGUUGUUAACUUUAAAAUAUUUUCAAGUGCAAAGGAAUGCCACAUAGACAUAUUUGGCUCCUAGACAUUUACUUCAGUACUUUCUAAAACCGCAAGCAUGACCUGUACAAAACUUUUAUCUAAGAAAUACCGAGUUUAAGGUAGCCAUAACUAAAUUAUUUGAGUAUGUUAUAAAAUAUGUUUGAAGUUCCCUUGUGGUAUGAGCUUUGGAUAUGCCAUGAGACUACUAUGGUUGAUUG